GGACCCCGUGGGUGGCACACGGACCCCGUGGGUCACCCCUACCCCUGUCCCCGGGACCCCCCUGAGCGCAGCUGAGGGGCCGCAGGAUGGACCGUGCCGAAGGCCGGGCGCUGUUCCACGCGUGGCAGCUGUGAAAGUGCCGUGUGUCAAACACUUGCUGAGCCCUCACUGCUCAUUUGCCUGAGUUUCAGCUUUUCCCCAGAUGCAAAUGCCGUCAGCUCCGCUCCCACCAGGAGUGCCGCCACUGAGAUGGAGGCCCCACUCCCUGGUGUCUCCCUGCUUCUUCUCCUCCUGGCUGUGGGAUGGGGAAGCAGGAUGCACGCAGCCUGGGCAUCAUCUCCUGGGGGCUGUGAGCUUGUGCAGAGCAUCAUGGACUGCACUGGCAGAUGGCUGAGUUCCAUCCCAGGAAACCUUCGAGGCGAUACCGAGGAGCUGUUUCUUGAUGACAACACUAUCCAGGUUCUGGGCAAUGCCUCUCUGCUCCUGUAUCCCCAGCUCUGGCAUCUCAGCUUGACCAGGAACCAGCUGGAGCUCAUUGAGCCCGGUGCCUUCCUCAGCAGCCAAGGCUUGGAGGUGCUCUCCUUGACAGACAACUUGCUCUUCACCAACUACUCGCUGACAGCUGCUGCUCUGUCUGCUCUGCCGGCCUUGAGGAUGCUGGAUCUGGCUGGAAACCAGCUCAGGGAGGACAUGGUAUCAGUUUUAGUCUCAAACCUCUCUUCCUUGGAGUCCCUGUCUGUGGCCAGGAACAUCAUCAUGAGGUUGGACUCAUCCAUCUUCACAAACCUGACAGAGCUGCUGGAGCUGAACCUGGAAAAGAACUACAUCUUUGAGAUUGACAAUGCUUUUGAAGGGCUGCAGAGGCUGCAGAGGCUCAACAUAGCUUACAACUACCUCCCAUGUCUGGUGGGGUUUGACCUGACCCAGCUCAGGGUGCUCAACGUCAGCAACAAUGUCAUUGAGUGGUUUCUGACCCUGGAAAUUGAUGACCUCUUUGAGCUGGAGGUGCUGGACCUGUCCCACAACCGCCUCCUGUUCUUCCCUGUGCUGCCCCAGAAGAGCAAGCUGCACACCUUGCUGCUGCAGGACAACAGGAUGAGCUUCUACCAGCGUCUGCCCAACGGCACCUUCCUGGCCAACGUCACCAUGCAGUUCCUGAUCAUUGAUGGCAACUACACCAACAUCACAACAGUCAGGCUCUGGGACGAGCUCUGCCACAGCAACCUCUCCUCCCUGCGCCUCCUGGACAUGAGCCAGAACGAGGUCUGGGGCCUGCCAGACGAUUUCCUGGCCCAGAUGCCCUCCCUGACCCACCUGAAGCUCAACCAGAACUGCCUGGAGGCAUUUCACCUGUCGGAGGAGGACCCCUUGGACAUGCUGACAGAGCUGGACCUUAGCCAGAACCAGCUGGUGGAGCUGGGGGUGAAGGUGGGUGUUGGGGACAUCCUGCCCAGCCUGCAGUUCUUCAACCUCAGCACCAACAGGCUGCAGGCUCUUCCUCCCGGGAUUUUCACCCGCACCAGGAAGAUCACUACUCUGGACCUCAGCUACAACCGGGUUGACCUCUGUCCCCAGCCAGAUGAGGCUGAGAGUCUCGCCUGCGUGGACAUCAGGGGUGUGGAGACCUUGAUCCACCUCUCCUUGGCUGGCUGUGGUCUGCAGGGGAUGGGUGGCCGUCCCUUCCAGGGGACAUCGCUGAUUCACCUGGACCUCUCUGACAACCGCCAGGUGCUGUCCGGGGACCCGGGGUGGCUGCAGGACCUUGUCCUGACCCUGCAGGUGCUGUCUCUGAGGAACACCAGCCUCUCUUCCACCGCCGUGGACUUCUCUGCCCUGAGCAGCCUCGUGCGCUUGGACCUCUCCGGGAAUUGCUUGGCUGCGUUCCCCACCUCGCUGGGCAGGCUGAGGCUGCGCAGCCUGGACCUGCGGGACAACUGCCUGCGGGAGCUGCCGCGGGACGUGGCGCAGGUGCCGCUGGGGAGCAGCCUGCGGGAGCUCUACCUCAGCCGAAACCCCUACAACUGCUGCACGCUGGGCUGGUGGGACGCCCUGCAGCAGGCCGAGGGGCUGCGCGUCCCCGACGGGCGGGAGGUGACCUGCAGCCACGGCUCCCGCGCGCUCAGCCCCGGCGCGCUGCCCCAGCCCGUCCUGCAGAGCUGCCGGUGGCAGACGGCCGACCUGGCGCUGCUCUACCUGGUGCUGGCUCUGCCCACCUGCCUGACGCUCCUGGUGGCCUUCGUUGUUGUCUUCCUCAUGGUCAAGGAGAAGCUGCUGAAAAUGGUGAAAACCCGGUGUGGGGUGUCCAGCCCUUACUAAUGGCUGAGGAAGAGGAAGGGCUCGGGAAUAGUCAAUAACAGGAGGUGGUCAGGAGUACGGGUGAUAACCCCUCUGAGGUGGUCAAGACGGAAACCUGA